AUGACGUAUCAGCAAGCUCUUACUGAAAGUGUUUUCGAACCGCCUGAUCGAGGGCCCUCUUCCAAACUGUGGCAUUAUCGAAGCAGUGAUUCUUCAACGGAGAGUUCAGUAAGCGAUAUACUUCCCGGGAUUGCGUACUUGAGAGAGACACCACCCAGGUUCCUGGACAAAGAUGGGAAGGAAGGUCGUGGUAGUGAGGAGAGGGACUACACGCUGACACCGAGCAAGAUAACUCUUAAGGAAACACCAGAUAGGUACAAGUCAUCGUUCCCAAAUGAGCAACUGGACGAUCUCUCCUUGAAGGCUGUGGCUCAGGAACAGUUGCAAAUGGCUGUCGAUAUUUCUCUUCAAGAAGAACCUCGCGUUAGAGAGUCUCACGGUUCCUACGUUGAGCAAGCACGUCGUAUGACUAGUGGAACUAGCGAAUUCGAUCGCCGCCCAUCAUCCGUUCAACUUUUGGAACCUUUCCAUCCUAGGGAUGUCUUAGAGCAAUCUUUGCAGAGCAGUUCAGGAAGGUUCUCGUUGCCGGAUUCUCUCAAGGAGAAGUUUCAGCAAGAGGAGUGUCUUCGCCUCAUAGAAGCGCUCUCAAAUACGAGCGGCUAUGUUCCGUUGUCUUCUGUAAUUCCAAGCGCUUCUACGUCGAGGAAACGUGCAGCUGGAUUGUUUUCUUCGCUGCUACGUCUUCUUGCACACUCUGUAGUCACUGUUGAACAAGAUGAAGCGUAUUCAGAGAUUUGGGUGAGAGCAUGUGCUGCAUCUAGAAGCAGCGAUGAGGAUGCGCAGAGGAAGACUGCAUAA